GGAGCCCCCCUCCACCGUAGCCCGCGCCGGCCGCAGCAAGAAGAAGCCCGGCGGCGGCCGCAUCGAGGGCGGCGGCGACGUGCGGCGCGAGGCCAAGUCCCGGGCCAAGCGCCGCAGCCGCCGCCUCUCGGAGAACGCCUUCUACCGCCGGAAGCGCCGCGCCGCCUCGGGCCAGGCCGACACCUUCACCGACGAGGAGCUCGAGAUGAUCGGCCUCGGCUACGACCGCUCCGUCCGCUUCAUGGACGGGCCCGACGACCCGCGCCUCCGCCACCCGCACGACUGGUACAGGUUCGGCGCCUUCGGGCCCUACUCCUGGCGCGGUAUCGUCGUGGGGCCGCCCAUCCGCGGCCGCUUCUCCGACGACCGCGUCUCCCUCAUGUCCGAGGUGGCCGACCACGACGAAUGGGACCGCAACGAGCAGUUCGAGAUGUCCAACCAAUUUUCACACCGUCUCAACGAGCUCGAUGAUGCCGUCGGCUUCCGGUACUACUGGGUCUUCGUGCGGCACCCUAGGUGGCGCCCCGACGAGCCACCAUGGCAGCAGUGGACGCUCUCGGCCGAGGUCGCCGUCCAGGCCAGCAAGGACCAGCGGCUGGAUAAGUGGAGCCUCAUGGGCCGGUUUGGUAACUCGACACGCGAGCUGAUCACGCGCUGCGCGGCCUGGACGCGCCCGGACAUCCUAUAUGUCAAGCGUCCGCUGUACCAGUCGAGGUUCGAGCCACAGGAGGAAUUCUUCAGUCGGCUCCGCCCGUUGGUUGAUCCCUCAACCGAGAACCAGUUCUUGUUUGACCUUGAACAGGAUGGCAGGGUCAUUCAGACGACCUACUUCGGGGGCCUUUGCAGGAUUGUGAAGGCAAGCCCAAAGUCUUAUGUGGAUGAUGUUGUAAAUGCAUACUCGAAGCUGAGUGAGGCGGAUAAGUCAUGCUGUCUGGAGUUCUUGCUCACAAACCAUCCCAUGGAGCUGCUCCACCCAUACACCAAGGAGUGGAAAGUCAAGCUAGAGGAGAUGGAACUUGGGUGUGAUGCGCCUGAUGAGAGUGACGAUGAGGGUGGUGAUGAGAUUGGAAGUGAGAUCAUUGAUUGGGUUGAGGAUGAGGAGGUUGAUGUGAUUGAUGAUACCGAGGAUGAUGUAGACAACGACUAUGAGGAUGAGGAAGUGGUUGAUGUCAGUGAAGAGGUGGAAGCAGAUGAAGUAAUAGAAAGUAGUGAGGAGAAUGAGGACUACUGGGACGAGCAAUGGGAUAAAGCGAUGAAAAGUAAUGAUAAAAUGGAGAAACUGGUCAAGAACAGGGUUGAGAAAUCAUAUGAGUAUAAUAAGCGGCAAAUGCAACAGCAGAAAGAUAUGGAAUCGCAAAUGGGCACUUCCAAUACAAUGAUUAUGCAGCAGGAGCAGGCCGAGGAGGAUGAGGUGAAGCUGGUACAGCAGGAAAGUGCAAGGAGCAGAAGUGCGCUGGUCAGAGUGAAGCGCGAGCCCCCUCCAGGGCUCUUCCUGAGGGCGGCUGUCCGGCCAUUCACUUACAGGAAUCUUGUCAAGGAAAUUGUUCUGAUGAGACACCAAAUUAUUGAUGGAGAGAUAGUUUAGCUUCAAAUUUUCAGCAACUGGAGAAUUGCAGAGACUGCGCAAACAAGGUUCUGAAGAAGCAUCUUCCUUGGUUAUUUAAAAUGUUUAGCUGUAUUUAGGGCGUGUUGAUCUUCUUUGUAGUUCUGAACCUAGGGAACACACAAGUCAUGUAAUUCUUCCCCUGCAAAAGUUUAUAAUGAAUUUGAGACUUGAAGCUAAUGUUUCUGAUAUAUUGAGUUCUCCCCUAUGAA